CCAUAAGAUAAAUCGUCUCUUGCAAUUCCAUCCGUCGACGUCGCUAGACAUGACUGUUUGUUUUUCUUAAAAUUGAGACAAAAUUAUAAAAAGGAGAAACAAGAAUGGUGCAGAAGCGUAGAUGGCAAGUGGAGCAGAUCUAGUUAGCAGUUCUGCAACAGUAUGCAGUUCUGACCUCUGAGUCUAAUCCUUUGCAUCUGAAUCUCCGAGUAAUUAUGUGAUCAGAAUCUGCUCCGAAAGUGGCAGCAGAGAAAAAAUGUCCUCCAUCGCUGUCAACCUGAUGGGCUGUUCAGACAAAAUGUGGAAAUCCUUCACGAGAUCUUUCUCAGAUAUGGUAGUCUGUGUCGGCAGACCUGCGAUCACCUAUUUUGCCAUGUAAGGGAGCUCGAGAAAGAGAGAAAGAGGACGCCGGCAAUAUGAGACGGUACUUCAGUGCCAUUGUUCUGUUCUUGGUGCUCGCUUUCUCCGUUGCCAUCUUCAACUCCUACAGUAACAGUACCCGUACGACCUUCUCUGAUAUCACCUCCCUCGCUAUUCCUGCAACUCCGAACUCCAGUCUCAACGCCGCCAGCAAUGCACCGACAACUGUGAGGAAGAAGGGAGAUGCCAGAACUCAGAAGAGGAGGUUGGAGAAGAUCCAGGAGGGUCUUGCGAGGUCGAGGGCAGCCAUUAGAAGGGCUGUUCUGGCGAGAAACUACACUGCUCAGAAGCGCCAGAGCUUCGUGCCCAGAGGGCCCAUCUACCGCAACCCCUAUGCAUUUCAUCAGAGCUACAUAGAGAUGGAAAAGAGGCUAAAGAUAUGGAUCUACAAGGAGAGGGAACCACCCAUCUUCCAUGACGGUGCUAGCUUCGGCUACUACGCAGUGGACGGCCAUUUCAUGAGGGAGAUAGAGAAGCAGGGCUUUCCCUUCGUCACAAACAACCCUGAGAAUGCCUUGCUCUUCUACCUUCCCUUCAGUAUUGAGAGAAUGGUUGGCUUGGUCUAUGAACCGGCCACUCAUGAUCGGACCUUUCUCAAGACCAUGAUCAGCGACUAUGUCCAGGUCAUAUCAAGCAAGCAUCCUUAUUGGAAUAGGACAGAUGGUGCAGAUCAUUUCAUGGUCUCUUGCCAUGACUGGGCACCAUAUGCCACUGAAGGCCUAGAUGUCUUGAAGAAUUUUAUUAGAGUCCUUUGUGCAGCAAACACUUCAGAAGGAUACAAUGCAAGAAAAGAUGCGAGUCUCCCAGAGUUCAUCUUUAGAUUCGAGCUCCCAGGGCACACUCAAAAUCCUUCCCCACCUUCAUCAAAAACCCUGCUGGCAUUUUUCGCUGGAGGCAACCAUGGUUCUGUUAGGAAAUUCCUUUUUGAACAGUGGCAUCAUAAGGACCCACAAAUUCAACUCUUUGAACGCUUACCAAAGGGCCUAAACUACACAGAGUAUCUGAUGAACUCCAAGUACUGCCUUUGCCCAAGUGGAUAUGAAGUUGCCAGUCCUAGAAUCACUGAAUCCAUAUUGGUUGGCUGUGUCCCUGUACCAAUAUCUGAUGGCUAUGUUCUCCCCUUUAGUGAUGUUCUCGACUGGUCUCACUUCUCGGUUCCAAUUCCAGUUCCAAGGAUACCUGAAAUCAAGAAAAUUCUUACUGCAAUUCCUGAAAGCACAUACUUGAAGUUGCAGGCAAAUGUCUUAAAGGUUCAGAAGCACUUUCUUCUUAAUGUCCCUCCAAAGAGGUUUGAUGUUAUGCACAUGGUGUUGCAUUCUAUAUGGCUCAGAAGACUUAAUUUGCAGCUGCAUGAUUUGUAAAUGUGCUUUGACUUCAUUCGAAGCUGCAUGAUUCAUAAAUGUAUUUUUCUCCUAUUCAAUGGUUUUUUUACUUUUCAA